GACGCAGAGUUUCCCUCGGGCCGCCUCCCGCUCGGCUCGCUCGGAGUCGGCAGCGCCGCCGUAGCUGCCCGGGCCGCAGCGGGGCGCGGCGGUUCCCACAGCUACGAUGGGAACUGAAACAAGUUAUUCCUCCUAAAGAUAUGGUGUCUCCAUCAAGAAGGGACGGUGUGUGCCAGCCCUGUGGAGAGACAAGGUCCACUGGAGGUGCUGGGCAAUGAAUCCAAGACUGCUGCCCAAAGUGCUCUAAAGCCAUCUGGGGAAGCAGAGGGCAUUCCAGGAAGAUGGCCAUGGCCCCAAACCCUUCCCUGGCUCAAGUAUACCCCAGCCCUGUGGCAGUGGCUGUGUGGGAAUGGCGGGAUGGGCUGAACACCUGGCACCCCUACAGUGCAGCCGUCUGCAACUACAUUGAGCAGCAGUUUGUCCAGCAGAAGGGUCAACGCUUUGGGCUGGGGAGCCUGGCCCACAGCAUCCCCUUGGGCCAAGCCGACCCCUCACUGGCUCCCUAUAUCAUCGAUCUCCCCAGCUGGACCCAGUUCCGCCAGGACACUGGAACCAUGCGAGCUGUGCGCCGGCACCUAUUUCCCCAGAAUUCAGCACCGGGCCGAGGCAUUGUCUGGGAGUGGCUGGGUGACGAUGGCUCCUGGACGGCCUAUGAAGCCAGCAUCUGUGACUAUCUGGAACAGCAGGUGGCCGGAGGCACCCAGCUUGUGGACCUGGCUCCCCUGGGGUACAACUACACCAUCAACUAUGCCACCCACACACAGACCAAUAAGACUUCCAGCUUCUGCCGAAGUGUGCGGCGCCAAGUUGGGCUACCUUACCCAGUGACCACCGUCAUCGCUCCACCAGGCCACACAGGAGUUGCCUGCUCUUGCCACCAGUGCCUCCAUGGCAGUGGAACUGGCCCUGUGUCGGGCCGCUACCGCCACUCCAUGACCAACCUUCCUGCAUAUUCCACCCCUCAAGCCUCCCACAGGACUACCCUUGUCUUUGGGGCCCACCAAGCUUUUGCCCCAUACAACAAGCCCUCACUCUCUGGGGCCAGAUCCGCACCCAGGCUGAACACCACCAACCCCUGGGGUGGGGCAGUCACUGCCCUGGGGAACCAACCCUUCUUCCGCUCCAGCCUCUCCCACCUGGGACCACAGCUUCUGCCUCCAGCCUCAUCCACUUCCAGUGGAGCCAGUGCCUCCCUCCCCAGUGGUGCAUCCAGCAGCUCCGGGAACACCCCUGCCACGGUGCCUGUGCAGAUGCCGAAGCCCAGCAGGGUCCAGCAAGCUCUCGCCGGCAUGACAAGUGUGCUGAUGUCAGCCAUUGGACUCCCUGUGUGUCUUAGCCGCGCACCCCAGCCCGCCAGCCCUCCCGCCUCCUGUCUGGCCUCUAAAAGUCACAGCUCAGUUAAGAGACUGAGGAAAAUGUCCGUGAAAGGAGGGGCUCCAAGGCCUGAGCCAGAGCAAGUGAUCAAAAGCUACACUGAGGAGUUGAAAACACCCCCUGAUGAGGACUGCAUCAUCUGCAUGGAGAAACUGUCCACAGUGUCCGGCUAUAGUGAUACAACCGACAACAAGACCCUGGGACCCGUGGCUGUGGGCCGCCUCACCAAGUGCAGCCAUGCCUUCCACCUGCUGUGCCUGCUGGCCAUGUACUGCAACGGAAACAAGGACGGGAGUUUGCAAUGUCCAUCCUGCAAGACCAUCUAUGGGGAGAAAACCGGGACGCAGCCCCGGGGCAAGAUGGAGGUACACAGGUACCAGAUGUCCCUCCCGGGCCACGAGGACUGCGGGACGAUCCUCAUCAUUUACACCAUCCCUCAUGGCAUCCAGGGCCCCGAGCACCCCAACCCUGGGAAACCGUUCACUGCCAGAGGCUUUCCCCGCCAAUGCUACCUGCCUGACAACACCCAGGGCCGCAAGGUCCUGGAGCUCCUGAAGGUAGCCUGGAAGAGGCGGCUAAUCUUCACAGUGGGGACCUCCAGUACCACGGGGGAGACUGACACAGUCGUGUGGAAUGAGAUCCACCACAAGACGGAGAUGGACCGCAACGUGACUGGCCAUGGCUACCCCGACCCCAACUAUCUGCAGAACGUGCUGGCCGAGCUGGCUGCGCAGGGCGUGACUGAGGACUGCCUGCAGUCUCAGUGAGCGACCCAGUGCCCCUGGCACAGCCUCCCCGGGGUGCAGGGUGGGAAGGUGCCUUCCUGAGAGUCUAGGAUGCCAGGGAGGGGAGGGCUGUGCCCCUCUGGAGCCAGGCUUGUGCCUGCGUGGUCCUUUUCUCCCAGGGUGGGGAGGAUCUGGGCACUUGUGCUGUGGGGCUGAGAUGCAGCUACCUCAGGGCACAGAUGGGCCUCUGUCCAGAGGGCGGCCUGGGCAGCGCCCCGGCCUGGCAUGGCUGUGUGGGGAUCGCCCCUCACCCAGUUUCUCAUACCUCAGAUUUUGUUUGCAAUAAAGACCCUAAGCCA